AAAUGAAGGAAGGAUAAAAGGAUAUCUUCUUCAUUAUAGGAGAAUCAAAGGCUUCAGUUGCUGCUUCACCAUUUGUUGAAGCUUUAAAGAAAAAAGAUUAUGAGUUAUCUAUAUGAUUGACCCAAUUGAUGAAUAUGUUAUUUAAUAAUUAAAGGAAUUCGAUGGAAAUAAAUUAAAGAAUUGCACCGAGGAAGGCUUAGAUUUAGAUUAAACUGAAUAUGAAAAGAA